AUGUCUCGCUCGCGAGUCUCGUUCGACGAGCGUGGGAACACUUCGCAAGAUGAACAGCCGGGUUCUGAAAGUCUGGAGAGCCGCGAGGACUACUUCUCGAACGACGGCAGCGAACAUGGAGGACAUGAUAGCCGGCGAAGGGCGUCUUUGUCUAUCCAGAUACCUCCGGCCCACACGAGGUCCAGCCUGGCCUUUGCAGCAAUGCAGUAUCUGCCGAUGCCGGUCAUGGUUCUGUCUAGCUCCAAGACUAUCGUACUCGCGAACGAGGCCAUGGGGAGGUUGUUAGGCCUUGAUGCGGACAAAGCUCGCGAAGGAGCCGCCCAGGCUGGAGAAGAAGACGACGAAGAAGAGAGGAGCACGACGGAUAUCCUAUACGGCGUGUCAAUGUCUGAGCUCGGCAUUGACUUGCUUCAAGGUGGCAAUCCCGUCUUCGUGGCUUGGUCUGAGUUUCUGGAGACUCUGGUUGACGAUGCGUCUCGGGCUCAAGCUCCCACAACUCAGUUGAACACUCACCACAGCAGAGAUUUGGAUACGCCUUCAACACCAACAGACAAGCCACACCGACGUUCAACAUCCCAGGCAUCAAGACUGAGCUACAGAAGCAGGAACAAAACGGAAGUGCACGAUGCCGUGUGUGAGGUAAUCUUCUCUACUCUCAGAGAUUGCGAGACUGGGCUGCCGAUGGUAUCGCGACAUGAGCAUGGUAACCAUGUCCAGUCACAGAUCCUGGUGUCUGUUUGGGCCACCGAAGACGAACAGUACUUCACCCUGACGUUCACAUCCUCGGGACACAGUCGGCCCAGCUCGGAAGCUUCAAAGACCACAAGCAGAACCGUUUCUCGCGCAACGACUCACGCGCACAGUCUUAACUCAGGGUUGAGCUCUAAUUCUAGCGACAACUCCUCCAGGCAGCAGAAAUCGACACGUACAUCUGCGCCAUCCUCAGUAAUCAGCCCGCAAGUCACGAGUCCGUUGGAGUUCCCACCAAGAGGCCCACCGGCCAGAUUCUCGUCCGUCUCCGCUCCUACCAUGUUCUCGAAGACCAACCGUCUCAAAGAUGCCAUUCUCAACAGCAUGAGCAUUCCUGCCUAUGCCAUGUGGAAGGAUGAAUCUUUCGGCGUACCGAACAAGGCUGCCAUCAAGAUGAUCUAUCCCUGGAUUGAAGAUGGUGCCUACGAUUCGACCGAGCAGGCGGCAGAUUUCCUGUCGAAGUUCGUGCUGUACGACGAAGACUUCACCGCAGAGAUACCGUUGAGCGAUUUCCCGAUCAUGCGCCUUAUGAGGGAGCAGGAACCCUUUGAUUCGUACCGCAUUGGGAUGUAUAGCGCUAAGGAUGGCGCCCGGUUGCUCUACGACACUUCUGGGGAACUGCUGCUGGAUGGCAAGGGCGACUUUGUUGGAGGUCUGGUGCUUUUCCAGGAUGUGACAGACUUUGCGAUGACGAUCGACAAGCAGCAGAAGGAAAAUGCGAAUCAGUUCGAGGCGAUCUGCAAUAUGGUUCCGCAGAUGAUAUGGCGUACGACUCCAGAAGGUGAUCAUGACUACUAUUCGGAUCGGUGGUACAGCUAUACUGGUCUCACGAAGGAGCAGAGUGAGGGCGAAGGAUGGGUCAACGCCUUUCAUCCCGACGACCUCGCUAUUGCUGAACCUCGAUGGAACCACAGCCUUGCUACGGGCGACGAGUAUCUCACAGAGUACCGCUGCAAGAACGCGAACGGCGAGUGGAGAUGGAUGCUUGGCCGUGCUGUGCCAAUGAGAGAUGCUGACGGCAACAUCGUGAAAUGGUUCGGCACUUGCACUGAUAUCGAAGACCUGGUACAGACCAGAGAGCAAGCCAAGCAGACCCGAGCCCAGCUCGAGCGGGUCAUUGAACACGCGCGCAUCACUCUCUGGGCGGUCGAUACCGACAAGAAGCUCGCCCUUCUCGAAGGCAAACCAAUGUGGUCUCCUAAGAAGGACCUUGAGAUGUACGACAAGACGAGGAAGCAGCAGAUUGGCAUGGACAUUGAGGAGAUCUUCGUCAAGCAGGGGAGACAAGCAGAAGUGUUGCUCUACAUUGAGCCCAUCAAUGAGAUCCUGGCAGGUUCCGUAGAGGAUAAGACCGUCGAAGUAGAGGUCACGGCGAAUAAUCGGUGGUACCGGACUCGGCUAUUCCCUUCUUAUCGACAAGACCGAGCAGGUGGUCUCGAAGGCGAUGAGUUCAUCGAUGGAGUUGUCGGCGUUUCGAUGGAAAUCACUGAAUUGCGUAGAGCGGCGCAAGAGGUGGAGAAGAGAAACCGGGAGAACUCACGCCUGAUGGCGCAGAGUGUGGCGGCUAAAGAAGCCAGCAAGAUGAAGUCGCAGUUCUUGGCCAACAUGUCUCAUGAGAUCCGGACGCCUAUCGCUGGUGUUAUCGGGAUGGCGGAGCUUCUGCUGGACGAUGAAGGCGGCGAACUUACAAAAGAGCAGCGGGACUGUGCGGAGAAUAUACAGCGGUCUGCCAAUGGCUUGUUGACGGUCAUCAACGACAUUCUCGACUUCAGCAAGGUUGAAUCCGGGCGACUGGACAUCGAAGAGGUGCAGUUCGAUCUUUCUGUCGUCAUCCGGGACGUCAACAAGAUGCUGUCUUUCGCUGCACAACGCAAGGGCCUGAAUUACAUCGACGACAUUCAGGAGCUCAAGUCAUGGAAGGUUGUUGGAGAUCCAGGACGUCUGCGGCAGGUUAUGACUAACCUUCUCACCAACUCGAUCAAGUUCACCUCCGAAGGGAGCGUGAUGAUGAGGGUCAAAGUCCCACGCGAGACGCAAGAACUGCUGGAAGUCGAGUUCACAGUCGAAGAUACCGGGAUCGGCAUCGAAGACGAAGUCAAGCAGCGCCUCUUCAAGCCCUUCUCACAAGCCGACAGCUCAACAGCUCGUCGAUUCGGCGGCACAGGCUUGGGCUUGACCAUCAGCAAGAACCUUGUCGAGCUUAUGCGCGGUAAGAUCUCGCUCGAGUCCCGACUGGGCGCAGGCACGAAAGCGACAUUCUGGAUCCCAUUCCAGAAGGCGCCGCAUCAGAUGGAGCAUUCUCCGGUAGUUGACAUCGGAGCGAUUCCUGAUCGGCUGGCUUCUGAGGUAUCGAUUUCGAGGGCUUCGUCUGUGGACAACACCGCGCCGUCGACGCCUAUUGUGGGGACGCAGCCUGGACAUGCUGAUGGCAGGAGCAAGAGUCUGCCAACGUUUCCUUUUGAGGAGGCGAGUCCGGAGAUGAGUCUGGUGGAGAGGCAGAAGGUCAAUGUGUUGGUUGUUGAGGAUAAUGCGAUCAAUCAACAGAUUGCCCUCAAGACGAUCAAGAAGCUCGGUUUUCCUGUGCGAGCGGUGUGGAACGGGAAAGAAGCUCUCGAAUAUCUGCAGCAUCCGUCAGAAGAGCAGCCGGUACCUGAUGUCAUUCUGAUGGACGUCCAGAUGCCGGUGCUCGAUGGGUACCGCGCGACAUACACGAUCCGCAACGCGAAGCCCUUUGUAACCAACCCUAUCAUCUCACAUACGCCUAUAGUCGCCAUGACCGCUUCGGCGAUACAAGGCGACAGGGAGAAGUGCGAGAUGGCUGGCAUGGACGACUACCUGUCAAAGCCGGUGAAGAAGAUGAAUUUGGAGAAAAUGUUGACCAAGUGGGCAAUAGAAGGUCGUCGAAAGAGGGCAGAGCUGGCCAACAAUCCGUCGAAAGCCGAGCAGAAGUCCAAACGGCCGGAUGGACCGCGCAAUACCACGUCGUUCACGUCAGAGUCAUCUGUGGUGAGUCCGCAGGAGCAGCUGUCCUCGGAGCUCGACAAGCUGGAAUUUGCGCACAGAGCGGCAUUUGAGCGGUCAUCUGAGAGUGCCGGCGACAUUGCAAUCCGCCAACAGCAGGCAGAAGAGAAAGCAAUCACGCUCCGAGACGACGUCCUGAUGGAAUCUGGCGAAGAUCCCAAGACCCGACUGGGACGAGGUCUGAGCGAUGAGAAUUACCAUCACGAUGGCGAUGAGUCUAUUGCCAAUGCGUUGACGACGGCGAAUAUGGAAAAGCACUCGCAAAGCGAUCGUGUGCCUCAGAUGAAGAGGCACAGCAGUGCUGCUGUGGAGACCGAAGAUGCUCAGAGCGUUGCUGCGACUUUUGGUGAUACUGCUAGCGGGAGUGUGGCGAUUUCGAGGACGUCGACUGGGCCACCUGCUGGAUUGCGCAAGCCUGCUGGGUGA